CAUCGAUAGUGUCACUAUUUUCCAAAUUAAAAACAAUCUCUAAUAUUCUAAGCUAAUUUAUUAAAAUAUCCAUUUAAAAUGGGGGAUUACGACUCGGAUGAAGAGAAAUCCCAAGUGGAGAAGCUGCGCUAUGCAAAAGUACCCCGUGGAAUGUUCGUGAGUGGCUGGGAUGACGAUGCCGAUGAGCUUAUAGAGGAGGACAAGAAUCCACAAUCCAGCAUUGAACGCAUGAUCCUGUGGGCGGUGAACGAGAAUCGGAUUAGCGAGGUGCGCGAGAUCCUGCGCCUGGAUGCGGACACCGUGAACGCCAAGGACAACGAUGGCUACACCCCGCUGCAUCGGGCGGCCUACAACAACUUUGUGGACAUGGCCAAGCUGCUGCUCCAAUACCGGGCCGAUCCCAAUGCCCGCACGGAACUGGGCUGGACUCCCCUGCACUCCGCCUGCAAGUGGAACAACGCGGAUUGUGCCCACUUGCUGCUCCAGUUUGGAGCCGAUGUAAAUGCCGAGUCAGAGGGCAAACAGACGCCGCUCCACAUCACAGCCACCGUUUCCAAUUGCCGCAAUACGGCCACCGUCCUGCUGCUGGACAGGAAUAUCCAGCCGCGCAAGGAGAACAACUCCGAGGAGCUGGCCUCCGUGAUCGCCCGGCGCACCGGCAUGAGCUUCCCCAUCUUCGAGUCCGACAACGAGGCCUACGACUGCCAAACGGGACUGAUAGAUUAACCAUUAAGCAGCCAAACCAAUGUGCAUACUUAUAGAAUACCUAAUAUACGUUUUAUUCAUA